GGUUGCCAUGUUAGUGAAUUCUGAAAGCUGAAAUAUUUUUUCUAUUUUGUUAAAUUUAUAAAAUUAUUAUUUAGUUAUUUGGUUUUUUUGUACACAAAAUGAAGUGAGCAAUUUUUUAGUGGGACCUUUAAAUAUUUGCAGGCACAUUAAGCAGGACAGAAGAUAAUGCUCCUGAGCCAAGAUGCCGAGGGAUAUUGUCGGCGACAGUCUAGCUGUCCUCCGUAUUGUUGAGCAUGAAGACGAGGAGACGUGGUCUCUAGAAGAGAAGCCGUGCUGCGACCGACACCAGCGGGAGCGCGCGGGAGGCCAGCAUGACUGCACCUGCUACUACAACUACGCUCUCAACGAGGGUGCGAGCACCCGGCCGAAAGAUCCAGUCUAUCAAUACAAGACGCAGAGCCUGCCGGCAGCGGCCUCCAUGAGCCAAACGUGGGACGAGGUGAUCUGCUCGGCGAUGCGAGUGUCUCCAGAGGACAUAGCCAACCAGCUCACACUGCUGGACCUGGAGUGCUUCAGGGGCAUCAAGGCGCAAGAGUUGACUACGUGCGCGUGGAAUAAGCUGAACAAGUUGACGGUGGCUCCUAAUGUGGUGGCGUUUACGAAACGGUUUAAUAGGGUAAGCUUCUGGACAGUGCAAGAGAUCCUGAACGGGCAGUCUAUGAAGGCUCGGGCUGAAACCCUUGCUCACUUCAUCAAGGUGGGCAAGAAGUUGCUCGACCUCAACAAUCUGCACUCGCUCUUCGCCGUGGUGUCGGCGCUGCAGAGUGCCAGCAUUUAUAGAUUGACGAAGACCUGGGCGCUGUUGUCUAAGAAAGACAAGCAGCAGUUCGACCGGCUGGCCGAGUUGUUCGGGGAAAAGGACAACUGGACCGCGCUACGGGACUACCUGCGGAGCAUCUCGCUGCCAUGCAUACCUUAUCUCGGCAUAUUCCUGACGGACCUAGUCUACAUCGACAUAGCGCAUCCGGCGGGGUCUCCGCAUCGGGUGGCCAAGAUGGCGGUAGUUCUGAAGGCUCUCGAGAGGUACCAGACAUCGGAGUACGACAUCGCGCCGAUACCCACCGUGGCCAACUACCUCAACAGCGUCCGGUAUAUAGAGGAGCUGCAGAAGUUUCUGGAGGACGAUCAGUAUAAAUUAUCACUAAAACUGGAGCCCCCGUCGCCUGUAAGCAGCUGUAUAGGCUCUAAAGAGUCCGUCAAAGAGAUAGCCCCUCAAGGCAGCUCAACCCCUUACUCCCUGUCACCCUCACACAGGCAAGGAUCAGGGUCCCUAAGAAUCCACGGGACCUAUAACCAGUCUAAGUUCGUGCUGACGCAUAGGAAAUGCCGCUCUUUGGGAUCCAAGUUUCGUAGUACGAGCUUGCCAAGAAAUUUUCACAAGGUCAAUUUUGGUGUUGGUAUCUUCGGCAAGAGUCACACAGAUGAGAAAAUGGAUGAGAAGACACCGGCCGGUUCUGUGAAUCUUCUUGAUGACACUCUGCUGGAGUCACCCACGUCUGUGCCUCAUGAUAAGAUGUCCAUAUCUUUGCCUCAGAGCAUACUCCUCAAAUCAGAAGCAUUAGAGUGUGACUUGGAGGGCUGCGUCCGCCGGAAGACCCUCAUGAAGGAAGGUCGCAAGCCGUCGCUGUCGUCAUGGCAACGGUACUGGCUGCAGAUAUCCGGGAACGUGCUGACCUUCUUCAGCUCUAAGAGCUUUAAAGGGUGCAAUAGAAGCGAUUUCCGGACGGAGCGGUGCAAAAUCCUGUCACUAGAAGGCUGGUCCGCUACGUACAUGGAGGGCGAUUCUUCGGACAUGUUCCAACUUGCCAACCACCACACGAGCACGCUGUAUAAGUUCAAAACUGGAUCUGAAAGCGCGGCGAGACUUUGGGUGUCAAAGAUCGAUAAUGUCAGAAAUAUGACAGUGAAGCCCUUACCCGUCAACCUCAUGUCAUUCGAAUAGUUACUUUAUGUACAGUAGGUUAAGUUCUCAUUCCUUAUCUGGCCGCUUUACUCUGAAAAAGACAUAUGAAUGUAUUAUUAGGUCUCGAAUGAAAGGUAAACGUCCACCUAUCGUACGUAUCAAUCAAACCAAACGGAUUGUCAUAAAUAUCGAGAAACGGCGGCGGCAAUGCCGAUGAAGUGGACGCACUUGUGUGAAUUUCUGUGCGAAGAAUACUGAAUGCGAUGCGUCCGUUGCAUACGAUGAGGAAAGUUGGACGCUUACCUUAAGGUGAUUAUGUCUUUCUCAUGGUGUAUUUAUGUUUGUAAAUAAGUGAACUUGGCUGCUAGUCUCGAAUAGAUAUUUUGUAUGAAUCGUACCACAUUUGGAGGCGGUCAGAUGUGGAACACUUGCCAUUGUGUUAAUUAUAGUCAAUGUUACUUUGAUCUGUUCCGUAGAGAUUCCGUAUUUGGAUGCAUGUUUGCGUAAGGAAUUAUGAGAAAUGAGUUAUAAUGUAAAGAAGGUAUAUUAAAUUUGCAAAAGUCGUAGAACAAAAGUUGUGCAGGAUUGGUGGUACCACUUUUGCAAAACCUUGUUUAUUUCAUUGAUACAUUAUAUUCUAAUAAUAGAAAUUUAAAUACUUACCCUAAGGGGUAUCCAAUGCAUCUUCUAAACUUACCUAAACAUGAAUCCAAAUAUAAUUGUAAUCUCUUCUGGUCAUCCGCUAUUUAUCCUCCUAUAGAAAACGUAUAGAUCUAUUCACCUAUUAUUUCAGUCCUGUCCUGUGUAUAAACAAAUUUGGGCAAAGUUAAUAGCUACAUAAAUUUGAAUUCUAAUAGGUAUAUUUGAUGUCGAUUCAGAAGGCAGAAAUUCUAAAUUUAGUGCUGUCAAAACC